CUUAGAAAUAUACAGUUUUAUCAUUAUUUCUACUGUCUCUAUAUCACUAAUGGCUCCUCUAGCACAAAAUCUGCCGCACAUUGUCAUCGAACUGAUCAGCCGGUAUUCAGCAGUUUACGAUGCAGACAAAUACAAUCCUAUGCAGAAGCUGAGCUGCUCAGGGCUCAUGCUUGUGCUUCCACUAGCUGGUAUUUGUCGCAGCUGGCGCUAUGCAAUCUUGGCUGAUUUGUACCAGGACGUGACGUGGUGUCAGACAGGUUGCCUUCGCUGCUUAAAGUGCUCAUGCUGUCGUCGUUCCAUGCCACGUGUUUUUGAAAAUGCACUAGGCUUGGGUUUAGGUGACCACAUAAAAUCGCUGAACUUCCAUAUACAAUCGGCUGACAUUUUUGAUGGGAAGGCACUUGCACAGUUCGGGGCUGUUGUUUCUGACGACAUGAUCCUACCCAAUGUCAAACGCCUGACGUUAAGCUUAUCCAUUGUUAGCAACAACCCUACUCCUGCUCAAAAGAUUAGCUACAACAAUAUUGGCGUGUUCUGCAGCCGACUCGAUAGACUCCUUCCCAAUGCAAGGUUACUCGAGUUGGUUUGCAUGGACCCCCGUUGGCCCCUACCGAAUCACCAGCCUUUCGCAUUUCUUUUCAACAGAUUAUCCUCCAAGGUUUCGGGUGUAUCAGCAGAACUAAUGUCGUGCAACGGGAUUUCAAUCGCAGCUACAUGCCCUGUUCCGCUCAAAAGUAUCAGUAUCUACAACACCAAUGGAACCACCUCUGUUGGAGAACUGAUUCAGUGCCAUUCUGAGACACUGGAGAAUAUUUCCUUGACAUCCUGGACAAUUGAACCAUUUCGGUUAAUGGCCCUUAAGGAGUCUGGCGAUGUGGUUGUAUACCCCCGAGUCCGUGUUUUGAAGAUCUUUGCACGCUAUUUUGCAUCGACGGAUACUAUUAACACAGGUGCGUGCGCGGGUACUACUCUGUUUCCAAUUCUGGAAAAAUUUGUUUGCAAUGGCGAGUACCCUUACUCGGACGCCAUCGUCUUCCGAGGAAAUGAACGGACACUUCGGGAGACUUCCAUGUGCAUUGACGAAAACCUUUUCAGGGUCCUUGAAAGCAGUGGCAUGCAUAUCGUCGGCAGGUAUCCAGCUUUGGACUACGUUGAUUUCCUUGAUGAUUACUAUUUCCCCGAAGGACUUCUCAGCCGUUAUAUUCAGAUUGUGCUUGCGAUUGGACGAAAGGCAUCGGUAUUAAGAUUCAAUCCCAGACACACAGCUCGGUUCGGCGAUCUUCAGUUCACUCCAGGCGACCUUAGUCAAAACAUGCGCAUCCUUAACUUGGGAUCAGUCAAGUUUACGGUUCCACAGACAGUCGGUGUCCUAAUAACGCUGCCACAGCUCCAUCGGCUGUCUAUUUCGCUGGAACGGAAUGCUGAGCUUUGCCACACAGAUAAUCUGCACUCGUAUUGUGUUGGCAAGUGUGAUGAGACGGAUUCCGAUAUCAACGAAGAUGAAAGCGCAUCCGACGAUUUGCUGCAUGAUACUCGGAAACUUGUCAUCGAGACAGAAAACUCGCAUGUCGAUUUUCUCCAGUCACAUAUGGGCCCGAUAUGCGCUGAUCUUGGCUCGCUCGCAGAACUCCAGGCACGGUUCCCAUCGAUUAGUCUAAAGCUCGUGAAUCUGCGGUUUGAACGCGUCGAGCAUUUCAACUUUAUUGAGCUUUGCAGGGCUACAGUAAUGUUCACUCAGCUCUGUCCAGGUAUCAGGCACGUCGAAUUCUUCAGCAUGCAAUUGCACAGACAUUGUACGCUAAUGCCAGGCGAUAUUCCGAAAUUCGAAUACUAAUAGAUGAAUGAGACACUGAAUACUAUCUUUAUUUGA